UAAUCUGUGUUAAUGACGGUUUUUAUAUUUGGUGCACGAUUUUAUCGUUAGUUUUUUAGUGGGGUUUUUGUCAGUUUUUGAUCAGUUUAUUAUUUGGGAAGUUUAUGGGUAGUUAUUUGUAAUUUGUGCUCUAUAUAUGUGUAUAUCUGUUUUUCUUUUUUCAUUUGUGUUGUUUGUUUUUUUUUUUUAUGCAGUGCAUUGAUAUUUCUCUUGCUCGAAUUUGUGUGAUGGAUCACUGUGGUGAAUGCGGUGGUGUUUCUGGUUCGGAGAAGAAAAUUUCUGGUAUAGUAGAGGAUGAAUCGAAGAAUGUAGGGGAUGAUAUUUGCGAGAUUCUUCCUCGAAGGAGUAACAUUACACAUUUGAAGUCUGUUGCAAGGAAGAAGAGUAAAUCCCCUUCCUCUGUUGCAAGGAAGACAAGUAAAUCGCCUUCCACUGUUAAACAGGCGAAGGAUUCGUGUGCAUCUGGUAGUAAGGAUGCUGGAGAUGAUUCUCAUGAGACUAAACAUGUUGUGGCUCAUUUAAAGAUAUACCCCUCCAAGAGGUUUGGUAGUAAGGUUCAACAUUUUAAUGACAAGAGUGUCAUUACUGACUUGAAAUCUAAGUUGACUAAAAGUCAUAAAUCAUUGUUUAAGAAGACCCCAUUUGGGCACUUUUUAGAAGUAUGUGAUAUUCAUUUUCAAACUCAACUUGCCCAGCUUGUGUUAUUGAGAGAGGUAUCUCAUGAGAGGGAGGAAGAGGAAACGUGGUUUAAGCUUGGUCGUAGAGUGUGUAGGUUUUCUAUUGAAGAGUUUGCUCUAGUUACAGGUCUUAGAUGUGAUGGUGAUUUUGAUUUAAGUCGUUUUCAAAAAAAGAAGGUUUUGUUUAAGAAAAAAAUAUUUGGCCGUUUUGUUGGUAAGGUGUCGAAGUCUGAAUUACGCAAUGCUUUUAUUAGUAAGGAUCUAGUUGAUGAUGAGGAUGUUGUCAAAUUGGGUAUAGUUCAUAUCCUAGUUAACUAUUUGUACGGCUAUACUAGUGAUAAGUCGGUUGAUGAUUUCUUUUUUGAGAUGGUUGAUCGAGAUUUUUCUCAAUUAGCAAAUAUUAGUUUUGGCAAGUUUGUAUGGGAUAGGAGUUUUCAAUAUUUGAAAACUGCUUUGAAGGGUGGGAAUAAAAUCUUUGAUGGACUGUUCGUUGAUGGGAAGGUUGGCCUUCACCCUUACAAACUUCUUGGGUUUCCCAUUGCUUUUCUUGUAUGGAUUUAUGAAAGUAUAGCUGAGUUGAGUCCUGAGUUUUGUCAACGGGUUGGGAAAAAAUUUCCACGUUUGUUGAAUUGGAAGAGUACAGAUAAUGCGUUCUAUGCAAACUUGGUGGGAAAGGUUUUCAACAAUCAGAAGUUGACUAUCCUGAAUGUCUAUCCGUCUUCUGAGGAGAGAAAGAAACUGGCAGUAAAGAAGUUUAAGUUUGAGCCUCUAUACUUGCCGAAGGUGUGUGCUGAAGAUGGAGACAGUAGUCCGGGUACCCAGGUUGAUAGUGAAAAGUUGAGAUUGAUUUGUGAAUCAAUCUCAUCAAAAAAGCAUGCCAAGAAACUAUUAUUAGUGACAUUGCAGUUAUGAGAUCUGAGUUCAUGGGGAAACUCAGUGAUUUAUCUGCAAUGAUUGCAAAAUUUGUUGCAAAAAAUUCUGAAAAAGUUGCAAAUUCAAGUGAUGAAAGUGCUGGUUUUAAUGAAGGGGAAAAGCCAGAUGAUUUUGAUAAUGUUUCCAGUCCUAUUUCUGAUGAUUCUAAGGAUUGUGGAAAUGAUUCAGCUGAAGAGUCUGAUGGUAGUAAGGUAACUAGUUUAUUUUUCUUAAUAGUAUGUUUUCUUUCUGUAGUUGUUUAGUGUAACCAGUUACUGUUGUAACCAGUUUCAUUAUUUCUUUUAGGGUGUUGAGAAGGAUUUAAAUGAAAAUUUUGAUGCUG